CUGAGAGGGCGGGUCGCGAGCGAUGAAGAAUAGCAAUAGGGCCGCGUCGUGUCGUGGUCCUUGCCGUGUGUGUGUGCCAGAAGACAAGUUCGACAUAGAAUUUCUCUACCGAUCCAGUGCAGCUGGAUAGAUAUUGAUCAUGAUAGUGAUACUUGAUGAUGUCGUCGAUACCCGAGGACACCUCCUGCUUGAGAUACUACUUCUACUUGGAUCCCUGAAGUUAGCACCCGACUCCAGAGGGCCGCGAGGCGACAUCCCUGCUUAGUGAACCCCAAGCCUCCCACAUUGACUAUUAAUUUCCUCCGCGACUGUGUGGCCGCUGCCUUUCAGGCAGCGGAGGUGGAAAGCCGAUGCAUAUUGCCUCCCGCCUUCGAGACUCCGACACGGAAGAUGAUGAGGCCCAGGGCAUCGACGAAGAGGCCCUCGCGGGUCUCAUGGAGGACGACUAUGCGGCGUACCUCUCUGGCUUCAUCGGACAGAAGCAGGGCGUCCGCCGGUUUCAGCCCAGCUCGGCGGAGGUGGUUGCGCAGAGCUCCGGGGAAGGCGGGGGUCCGUCGGCGUCGGAGUCCAAUUCCCAUUGUUUUCUGCUGGACGCGGAAGGCCGGCCUCUGUCCUACUACCUAGUCAACCUCGAGGCCGACGGUGGACGGCUGGUGGGCAUAGUUCGGGAUUUUCUGGCAGCUAGCACAGAUGAACAACUACACGACAGCAGUGCAGCAGCUGGCGGUAAAAGAAGUGCGACCACAUCAACUUCAACGCAGAACAAGAACGACGGGACUACCACUACAGUCACUGCCAUUACAGCCGAGCUGCGCUCGACUCUUCGCCAGGUUUUGUCUGAGCCGGUGCCGUCGGAGCUGCUUGGACCGGACUGCCUAUGCAUUGCAAAAGUACCGUACUCGUAUGAAUGCAUUACAAAUUCCCUCAGCAUGAUGAGAGAGAAAAUUUGUAAUGCGGAUUUACCUUAAGAAAAGUAGAGGAUUUGUAAUGCAAGACUUGCAUUUAUACAAGUACGAUAUUACUUUUGCACAGGAUACUGCCUCUACGUCGUGGACUCCGAAGACGGCGUCACCGUGAUGCGUCGGCGUGAGACCGAGCUGUGUUGGGAGGAAGUACUGCUGCAGGGCCGCGGCGCGGUCGGCGAAACGGCGUUGCACAUCUGCUUUCUGCUGAACCAGCCCGCCUUUAGCCUACUUGCGCGCUUCAUUGUGGAAGACUUUGGAAGAUCGCUCUGCCGCCAGCCUUGGGACCCGAACAUUCACCCGCGUUGCCCCUUCACCUUCACUUCUGACCAGCUGCCGCAAGAGACGAAAACGUCCGGCGACGCAGUUGAGGAGGAUGGGCAUCAUAGUUCUCAUCUUCCUGAGGGUGGACCCGCAUCUUCGACCGCCAGCGUUGCAAAGACAUUGGCGUCCAGAAGCGGAACCAGCCUCCAGGUCGAUCUGGUGCUAGCUGCCGCCGCGGCGGGGGCAGGAGGGGGAUCAGCUUCUGGUACCGCGGUAUCAUUUGCAGGAGCUUCAUCUCCGUCUGCCAGCACGUUGAGCUUACCACCCGCACAUCAGCACCUGCGGAAAAAGAUGCCCCGGACAACUUUUGUGAGGUAUGUCGACGCCACGUACACCGGAAACAGUUACCGGGGCGAGGCAUGCCUGCACAUUGCCAUCACGAACGGGGAUUUGGAAGAAGUGAAGCUUUUGGUUGAGAGCGGGGGUUGCGACGUGCGGUGGCCAUUGACGACAGGCAGCUUCUUUCGAGGCAGGCUCUAUUACGGCGGCCGCCCCCUGCUUUUUGCCGCAGCGCACGGGCAUGUCGACAUUUUGGACUUUUUGGUGGAUCACUUUCUCAAGGAUAAGGAGCACCUUCACGAAGUUGCGGAGCCCCAACAUGAUCUUCAAGAAGAUGAGAAUGCUCCCCCACGACCCGAUGUUGUCUCGAAGACGAAGACCACUGCAGAAAACCACGGAAAAAUAAAAAUCCUCGCCCGGCGCCGCCGCCGCCGAAUCGAGUUCCUUCGCCAAACAGACCAGUACGGAAACACGAUUCUGCACCUCAUAACCCUCCACGGACAGGUGCACUUGCUGCGGCACGUGAUGCAGCGGUACGGUCCCGAUUUAGACCUCUUCCAACUGAACCACGCCGGCUUCGCACCGAUCUCCCUCGCGGCUGCGAUCCAGAACACGGACGUCUUCAGCGCAUUGAUGGAUCUUUCUGGGGAGACGCUCUGGGCGUACGGCCCCGUCCGCUGCAUCCGGUACCCGCUACUCAAGCUGGACUCGCUCCUCACCAAGCAGUUGCGGGAGUCGCGGGUGAGGGCGCGCUUGCUGGGUGGCAGCAAGGCCUCGACAAAAAUCACGAAGGCAGCGGCGAAUAAGGUGUGGAACAAGGCCGAAGUAGAGGAGAACAAGGUCGAGGAGGAAGAUAGCAAAAACGCAACCUCAAGAACGUCCUACGAAGAGCUGCAGCAGAUGGAAGACAAAGAAAACGAAAAGCUGCACCGCUCCUUCACAGGGAUCAGUGUGCCCGGGGCUCAGCGGAACGUGCUUUCGGUGCUAGAGAUCAUUGUGGAAGGUCGUUGCCACGCACUUUUCACCCCGUUCGUGCGCCAGCUGAUCCAGGACAAAUGGGCUAUGUACGGGCGGGUUUUGUUUUACGUGCACAUGAGCAUCUACUUCGCCAACCUGGUUCUUGUCGUUUUGGCGACGGAAAACGUCGUGCCCAUCGACGUCCCCGCUUGUGGGGUGCUGGUCCUCUUUUGGCUCGAGUUGGGUAAAUUCCGACACUGGCUUGCGGUGCGCAUAAUGCCCGAAGUGUCCGCCAUACUACCGUCACGUCCGAAGGGAGGAACUACGACCACGAGCCAGCCAAAGGUGAUAGCGCUGCCCCAGCGUCGGUUAGGCCUUAUGAAGAGGUCGCUGCAGUCAAUAAAGCGCAGAGUGAGAGCACUAUCACAAUUCCUGUUCGCGUGUGCCGGUGCGAUGACGGUUGAAGGUGGUUUUCUCGUCUUGUAUUGUUUUUUUGUGCUCUUCGUGUACCUCGAGGUACUUGGCGGGCGCAUUGCUGAGAGAACCAGCAGCACAAGUUCCAUCGCAGCCUACUACGAUUCUCGGUGGCACUACGACUACGCGGAAAUAUCCAGGAAAAAACACCCAUCCCCAUCCAUUUUUUGCAUGGCAAAUAGUGGAUUUUAUGCAUGUUUUGCAUGACAAAUUGAAUGGGGAUGGGUGUUUUUUCCUGGAUAGGAAACGAUCGACAUCUACAACCUGCACACGUGGUCGCCCCGGAUCCUCCUGGGCUGCGCCAGCGUCUUUGGCUGGCUGCACUUCCUGCACAACCUGCGAGCACUACAGGGUCUAGGGCCAUUCGUGAUCAUGAUCAAACUCAUGGUGAAGCGCGAUGUGGUGCGGUUCGGCGCGAUCUACCUAUGUCUGUCGUUUGGGUACGGUCACUUGAUGCGAGUCAUUUUCCAAGACACCAUCCGCCGCGAUCGUCUUGCCUGGGACCAUACUAGCGAACAGGCUUUGUCCUCAUCGUCGGCAGCGAGUAGUUGUGUCAACCCUGUUUCGACGACAUCCUUCGCUGACUCUUCUACGACGUACGCUGACUACGGGCAAUUGUGGCAGUCCAUGCAGUUCGUUUUCCGGGCGAGUCUGGUUGCCAUGGACGAAGCGGCGUUUACCCCAGCCGACCCCUCCUCAUCUUCUGGAGUUACAUCAUGCGCAGGCCCUACUACUAGUACUACAUCAACAGGUGGAAUAAACGCAACAGCCACGACGUCGACGCUGGGACAAGCACAAGCAGCAUCCUCGCAACAACUGUCAGGUGCUCUACUUCAAGAAGUCCGCAACCAGCCAGUGCAUCCGUAUCGUGGUUUUGCUGUGAUCGUCUACGACUCGUUUGUUGUACUGUCCGCCGUGGUGCUUUUCAACCUCUUGAUCGCCAUGAUGGCAGAUACGUACAGCCGAAUCCGGGCGACAGCGAAGGACGAGCACUUGUUACAGCGCACGUCCUGGAUCCUUGAGGCGGAACGGUCGACGCUAGCGCGGCUGGGAGUUCUUGACGUGGCGAAACGCCCGGCGCACCACGUUCGCACCGCGGAUUUACUGCUGGAAAACGGACGCGUGAUUGAAAAUUUCGCCAUGCAGGUGGAGAUGACUGAUGAGUGA